AGUUCAGUGAACACAAGUCUGACACGGAGACGAGACGACACGAGACAAGUCGAGACGAGACCAGACGAGACUGUGAAAACCAGUAAUUCUCCUGAAAAAGGUCUGAACAGAAGAAUUGAAGAAUGGCUCAACGCUGCCUCAAGUGUUUAAAGUACACAAUGUGUCUCGCCAACCUCCUCUGUUUCAUGUGUGGAGUGGCUGUGCUGGGUUUUGGCGUGUACUUGAUGGUGAACACCAGGAUACCGCUCACCCCGACGUUGGCCAAGUUCAGCUUAGCUCACAUUCUGAUGAUCAGCGGCAUCAUCAUCACCUGCGUGUCCUUCCUGGGAUUCCUGGGUGCUCUGAAGGAGAACCGCUGUCUGCUGCUGACGUUCUUCCUGAUGCUGUUCUUGGUGAUGCUGAUGGAGCUGAGUGUGGCGUGCCUGCUCCUCAUAUAUGAUAAUGAUAUCGGCGAAUGGGUGGAGAAAGACCUCACUGCAGGUUUGAAGAAGGCGAAAGAAAGUCCAGCAAACUCAACAGAAGUGAUGGGGGAGUGGGAUCUGCUCCAGGAAAAAUUUGAUUGCUGUGGAGUCUUAAAUGUGACGGACUGGGACGACAAAGUGCCCAAAUCCUGCUGCAAGUCCAAAUGUGAGACCCCAAAGCCCCCGUACAGGGAAAAGGCCUGUUUGGAGACGAUGAAGAACUUAUUCGAGGCGAAUUUCCUAAUCACUGGGGUUUCUGUCAUCAUACUUUGUAUUAUUGAGGUCCUGGGAAUGUGCUUCGCCAUGACGCUGUUCUGCCACAUUAGUCGAUCUGGACUGGGCUAUAAGUUAUAGGAAACAAUCUCUCAUUCAGUGUCUCUCCUGUCCUUUGUGUGUUGUACAGUUCUCUCCUGUAAAGAAACAUGUGUGCAUGUUGUGAAAAAGCUGAUUCAUGAUAUUGAAUAAGUCCCUGACUGUCAUCUUCUGUAGUGGUGAGCGAUAAAGUCAUGUAUAAUGCUACUCUAGUGGAAGCUGUGAAAUGUACUGAAGCCCUGAGCGGACGUGAAUCCAUACAUCUGAUUUACUCAGCUUCAUGUGGAAACAAACCACAGACGUUUUUUUCAGACUUCAUUUACUCCACAUCGCAGAUUUAUAUCAACCAACAAACGUUAUCUCAAGACGCUUUUACAAACAGAGCAGGUCUAGACCACUCUAUGUCAAAUUAUGAACAGAGACCCAACACCAAGACAAGAUAAGACUCAGUCUGUCCCCACCUUAAUCCACCAUGAGCAUUGCACCUCACAGUAUUUAGCUAGUUACAGCGGAGAGGAAAAACUUCCUUUAACAGGCAGAAACCUCGAGCAGGACCAGACUCAUGUUAGACACACAUCUGCUGAGACUGAGUUGGGUCUUGAAAGAGGGAUAGAGGGGAGUAAGAGAGAGAGGGAGUGGUGAUAGUGAUGAGACGAGUAGUAGAAGCUGUUGCCGCUGGAGUCCAGUACGUCCGUAUCAGCUGGAGUCUGGAACGUCCACAGCAGGAGGACGUCUACGGCAGCUCAGAGGAACCUACGAGACAAGGGAGCUCAGGGACUCCAGAAAGGUCUAUGGUUAGUAACUUUAAUGGGACAGGGAGAGUGGAGGGUGAGAUGGGAUCCAUGUGUGUCAGUGUAAGCCUAUAGCAGCAUAACUUAGAGCUGGUCCAAGCCUGAUCCAGCUCUAACUAUAAGCUUUAUCAAAGCUUGUUUUCCCAUCAAGUCCACAUCACGAGUCCGAGCUGAGUCCUCCUCAUCAAUAUUCUUUAUUAUGUCAUUUAUUCAUGACUUUUUGGACAUGUUCAUUUAUUAACAUUAGCUCCAGUAUGAUCCUGUCAGGGUGUCAGGAGAUUGAAGUUCUGAAGUUCAAAGUGAUCAUCUGGAAUUACGUGCUGUGGGAACACAGAGUAAAUCAGAUGUCAGGAUUUGUCUGCUCAGGGCUUCUGUAGAAGUGGAAGCACAUUUUGUUCUUUUUGUUUUUUGUAUUCACUUCUUUAACAUCUGCUGUGAGGAAAAAUCUCAAUAAAAGGAGUCCUCUUUUAACGUAUUCUGUAUUAACAAACUGUCAUUAAUAAACCCUCUGAGUGUUGAUGGUGUAAAGAC